GCGCGCGUGCUCCGGAGGUCCGACCACCAUUCUUCCGUCUCCGGGCGUCGCCGACCAAUUCCUCUACCGCCAUCAUGCAGCCGUGGGGGGUAGUCAUCCUACUCAUGCUGUUCGCGGCGGCAGCGGCCAGAGCAGCGGAGCAGGCCGCCCUCUUCUUCGACACGGAGACCUACAACCAGGAGGAGAAGCUGAGGCACAGCCGGCAAGUGGACCAGGCGGUGCAGUCCAUCCUGAAGUGGCUCCAAGGCCGCUACACCAGGACUGCGAGCCACGACAACAACAGGAGGAGCUUCCGCGAACAGCAGGAGGUGUUGGCCUCGGAGCCGUCUCGCCAGUACCUGCCGGCGCCGGAGUCCACGGAGAAGCCCCGCCCCUUCCAGCCGGCGCCGCCCCCGGGCUACCCCUACCAGCCGCAGCCGCAGCCGCCCUUCCUGGAGGUGUCAUCGCCCGCCCCAAGCAGCCCCGCCGUCAUCUACCCGGGCCCGCCCGCUCCGUCGGGCUCCGCGGACGUGACGGGGUCCUCCCAGCUGCCCGUCGGAGAGGACAACUCAGGUAACGUGAUCGGCGGUGGAACGGCGACCGGCGAAGGAACGGCGACCGGCGAAGGAACGGCGACCGGCGAAGGAACGGUGACCGGCGAAGGAACGGUGACCGGCGAAGGAACGGCGACCGGCGGCGGAACGGUGACCAGCGGCGAGGCGGACUCGGACAGCCACCCGCCCCACAUCCACGCCAUUGACGUGCAGUGCGCCAAGGACCAGAUGACCAUCAACCUCGAGUUCAACACCGCCUUCAACGGCGUCAUUUACUCCAAGGGUUUCUACAGCCAGCCAGCGUGCCGCUAUGUGCAGCCCGACAGUGGCCAGACCAAGUACUCGUUCACGGUGAGCCUCAACUCGUGUGGCACGCAGUUCAUCGAGAAGUUCAAGGAAGAAGGCCAGGCAUAUCUGGAGAACGUUUUGGUACUGCAGAACGAGCCGGGCAUUCAGGAGGUGUGGGACACGGUGCGGCGGGUGCGCUGCCUGUGGGAGGGCAAGCUGAGCAAGGCGCUCACGGUGGCGGUCAGCGUGGGCAUGCUCAGCGAGGAGGCGGUCACCUUCAGCGGCGACACGGCCGUGGCGCGCCUCGACGUCAAGUCGGGCCGCGGCGCCUACGGCGAGACGGCGUCCGGCCUCGUCAAGAUCGGCCAGCCCAUGACGCUCGUCGUUUCCGUCGAGGGCGACCCAGGCUUCGACAUACAGGUUCGGGACUGCGUCGCGAGGGACUCCUCCUCGACCAACGUGGUGCAGCUUACGGACGAGCGAGGGUGCGUGCUCAAGAAGAAGUUGUUCGGGGCGUUCCAGAAAACCAAAGACACCGGCAGCUCCCAGACGUCUGUCAUCGCCUAUGCCUAUUUCCAGGCCUUUAAGUUCCCGGACAUCAUGGACUUGACAAUUGAUUGCAAUGUUGAGCUGUGCAAAACAGAUUGCGAAAUAUGCCCUGAUCCCAACCAGAGCCUGGACCCAGUAGCCCGAAGGAGAAGGGCAGUCCUUGCGGAAGGCAACGAGACGCUCAGUGAUCCGGUGAAGCUCAUCAGGGUCAUCAGGGUGAUAUCCCCGGACGACCUCGACACCAGCAGCCUCAACACCAUAGUUGCAGUCGACUCAGCCCAAGCCCGAGAGGCGGUGUGCAUGUCGCUGGCCAGCUUCCUCGCGACGGCCAUGUUGCUCGUCCUGCUGCUGGUCUGCUCCUGCCUGCUGAGCGCCGUGCUCUGGCUCAGGAGCGCCAGGUCGCACAAGCUCGCCGGCACUGUCGCCCUGGGCAUGUUCCCCAGCAAGGACAUGUUCCCCAGCAAGGCCUGACACGUGCCACCGCUGCUGCUGCUGCUGCCGCCGUCGACCACGACGCCAUCACGACGCUCCCAUGCCGUUGUUACUUUCGGGUUGUAAUACGUCAGUUCAUCGAACCUACCACAUCCCAGUUACAUUUCUGUGGUGUUAUGGAAGAGAGGGUUAAGUCAAAAACAUCAAAUUUUAAGAGAGUUGGAAGAAAGUCUAGUAUUAUUUUCACGAUCAAAUAUUAGUCGUUAUAUUAUUAAUUAUUGAUAUCUUAUACAGGAAAAACAGAACUACAAACCAUAUAAAGUGUCAGAAGGCAUAUCCUUCAAAUAAUCCUUGACUUCCUUCCACCUCUCUUAAAAUUUGAUGUUUUUGACAACCCUCUCUUCCAUAACACCACAGAUUUCAGUACAAUGUGCAACAUAUACAACAAAAAAAAGGGGGUUGUCCGUAAAGUCGAUUUCACGGACGAUAAAUUUUACGUGAUAACGUCAUGAGAAAACAUUGAUGAAAAAAAAAAAAUUGCAUACUUCUUUUUAAUUUUCAAAUAUCAUUUACAGUUUUUUUGCAAAUUUGUUUAAAAUAUAAUCACGAACAAUUAGUUAAAAAAAAGCCCACCUUAACCUGCUUGAUAUCACGGAAGAUUUUUUCCUCGCACGGUUUGUUGGCCGGUUCCUCACACGCUCGGCUCAGGCGGAGCGUGACAAUUUUUCCUUGCGUGCAGCUGGCGUUCAUCGGUUUAUAAGACGUUAUCACGUCAAUGAUGUUUCAUUAUAGUAACAAUACGUUUCUGAAAAAAAAAAAAACUGGUUUCAUUAAGGUAAUUAUUUAUUUCUGAAAUGUGUCUGAAAAUUGGCAGAGUUUAUGGAAUUUAGUACUCGUCCAGUAUGUCUGUUCGAUUAUAUUUUGUUUCGUAAUGAAUUAAAACACCAUGUGGCACAUCACCAAUUCAAUGCAAACAACUUUCGAAAAUGAUAUAAUAUUAACAAAGAGAUACUAAGCUAGAGCACUUUUUUAAUAGUUUAGUGUGGCGAGUUUAUAUUUCUUUCAAUAGCCCACACUUAUGGUUAACGAUAGUGUUAACCAGUAUAAGGUGUGUUUGUUAACGUAACAUUACCUACCUGUAGUACUGACUGGCUGAUAAUAGAGAAUCAGUCUGCUCUAGGCGAAUGGUUUUGUAAAAGUAAUGUAAUAUUGAGUUGUUCCUGUAAUGUUACUUUAGAAAUGUGACUAAAAAUUGUAUCGUGACUGGCAAAGUAAUGGCCCUUUGUUGAUUUGGUGUGUGCCAGUGGAAUUUUAUUUCUCGAACAUUUCCUUUGGGAUAUUAAACCAACUGUAAAUAUUUAUUGAGCAUUUUGAGUUGCUGAUUCCUAAGGACCAAGUUGAACAGGAAAGUGAUUGCUGAAGAAUAAGCUGGCUAAUGAUGAAUGACAUCUGCUCGAGCAUGAAUCUGCAUCGUACCACUGCAUCUUAAAACUCAAAAUGAUAAGGUCUCUGCUUAUCUCCCAAUUUGAUGAAAAAAUAGACAGUGCAUGAUAUAAAACUUUAUCCGAAUUACUUUUAUUAAAGGUUAUCCAUAAUAACUAGAACAAAUUUGCAAACCGAAUUAUCAGUUCUAUAUGACAGUAUAUCUACACAUGCUGUGAACAUUAUUAUCUAUUUUAAUCCCAUUACUAUCUAGAAACCUGAGACACAAUAGCAAGAUACCAAGUAGUGCCAACAAAUAAUAUUCAUUUGGGCCCUUAAGUAGGCAGGUAACGAACAUAAAAUUUAGGAUUUAUAAAAUUAACUUACAGAGUGUAACUAACAUACUCAGUUUACGAGAAACCAAACCUCGCAAUUUUGAAGGCAUAUUAUGCCUUAAAUUAAAUGCUUGUUAUUUAAGCAUGUGAAAUCUUUUAACACACAUCCAUAAGUUUAAAACAUUGCAAUGAAUAAAUAAAAAUACAUGUGCCACAUAGUUUCUCUACCUCAAAUAAUGAACAAACACCCUUAUGUGAGAAUGGUUUUAUUGCAAAAAAAAAAAGCAAUUUAGAUUUUAAUAUACGGCAAAAUGACCUUGCUCAGCAUUCAUUCAGUAACACAAGUGCUCGAUAUUUUUCGGUCGGCUUGUAGGCUCUCAUUGUUUAUGUUAUGUUUAUAUACAAGGUUUUGUUUUCAAAUUUUAUGUCACGUAACUGCUCAUUUUGUCAAAUAUUACACUGUAAAAGUAACACAUUCUUCCAAAAAAAAUCCCCUGUCUCAUAGUAUCCUACCAAAAUCAAAUAAAAAUGAACAACUCCUGUAUAUUACAUAAUAUUUUACAUCUCUAUAGUUAUUUUUCAAAUAAGUUUCAACACGAUGUUUGGGAAAACCAUCCACUCAGCAAAAGUGUUACGUACCUGUAAAAUCUAAAUAUAGAGUAUGCCCUACUAUCAGCAGCUGAAAUUAUUGUUGAGCAUUAUACCACGAACCUGCUGAUUGGUUGCUGAUGGUGGUCUAGCAUUUUGUUUUAGAUCUAUAAGUGCUUAAAUCUGUGGCUGCUUUAAGUGCAAGAAUUCUGAGUGUGUAAUGGCAGAAAAGAAAAACAGUGACUUCAAAUAUUUUAGAUUUUAAUAUAUUUCAAAUUAGAAGUUUUCUACUGGCCAAACUCAUAUAUCUAUCAAUAUCAACAUCAGACAAUGCAGAUGCAAUCAUUUCAUAAUAUUACGUUUAUGGCAAGCAGUCAUCUCACAACUGAUAGCAGUGUCUAUUAACUUAUGUUCCUAAUUGUUUUGCUGCUGGACAGUAACUUAAGCGCUGACUGUAUAAGAAGAAAUGCAGGUAGUUAAGUAAGCCACAUCUAUAAACUUACCACCUUGAAUAAGUAUAAUUGAUAUAACACAUGUAAAAAUAUACAACUUGCAAAAUAAAUUUAAAACUUGUAGUGCCAUAAUGUAAAAUUGAAUGAAACAGUUUCCAUUUUUAUAUUGUGGCUUAUGUGAGAUAGAAAAAAAUUUCAAAACAAUUUUCGAUUCUUAUGCUGAACCAAUUUUAAGUAAAUGGUUUUAUAUAAGUCAUUACUAUAUACCUAUAUAUGUAUUUGAUUACCCAUUACUGAAUGUGUAUUUUCUAUAUUUUCUUUUCACAUGAGUGUUUAAUGUGUCGCAGAGCAGAAAGAUUGUAAUUAAUAUGACUAUUCUUUUUAAUUUUUGUAAUAAAAAAUAAACAUCAUA